AUGGUGGAGAGAAUCCAUCGACAACUUAAGGCAGCAAUAAAAUGCCACAAGAACGACCGAUGGACCGAGACACUCCUAACCGUCCUCCUCGGAAUGCGAGCAGCCUGGCGAGAAGACCUAAAAGCAACGGCAGCAGAACUAGUAUAUGGAGAGCCACUCAGAUUGCCUGGAGAGUUCCUGGAUUCCAGAAGUACGGAUGACAGCGAGAACACAUCCGACUUCAUAGUGAACCUGAGGCAACAAAUGCGAGAAGUAAGGCCCACUGAAGGAAGCCACCACGUAGAGCGGACCAGCUUUAUAUUCAAGGACUUGGUAACUUCACCUUACGUGUUCGUUCGGCAUGAUGGUCCGAAGAAAGGCCUGCAAAACCCCUACGACGGACCAUACGAAGUGUUGAGUCGAAGUCCAAAACACUUCGUAAUAAAAAUAAACGGCAAGGAAACGACAGUGACAAUCGACAGGUUAAAACCAGCCUAUGUCAUCGCGGACGACGAUAUGAAGAACCAGCCAAUGCAAGAACACCCUGUAGAACCCGAUAGAUGA